AUGUUGUUCGCCGAUUCACAAGAUCCCUACGACGAUCUCGACCCCAUAGAAGAAGAAGAAAUACAAUCACCAGCUCCAGCUCCACCUUCACAUCCUCUAAUACAGCAAUGCUGCUCACAAGGUCACAGAUCCACCCUCUGUCUCCAAACAGAACGAGGAGGAGGCGGCGGAGGAGGAGGCUCAAUCUGCCUUCACUGCUUCUCUAACCUCAUAACCAACCCUAACGCUCCCACUUUUCACGUCUCCUAUGCUCUCUCCCAACUCUCCUUUGCUCUCUCUCAGCCUCAAUUCCUCCAUUCUCUCCUCUCUUUCCAUCCCCACUUCCUUAUCUCCCCUCUCCUUCGCUCCCUCUCUCUCUUCAACGAUGAUUCAAUCGCUCGCCACCUCGUCUCUCUAAUCACCACUCUCUCUAACUCUUCCUCUUCGAUUUGCGGUGAGUUUGUUACCAGACUUGCCGAUCACAUCUCCUCCUCUGCUGCCUUGGCAUGGACCCUGAAUCAAGUUUAUCUGCUUCACUGCUUUGGAAUUUUGCUCUUGAACUGUGAAACAAGCAGCAGCAAUCCUUAUGUUCAUAUCAGAGACGAAGAUGCUCUUUUAUCCAAUCUUGUUACUGCUCUUCAAUUGCCAAGCGAGGAAAUGAGGGGAGAGAUUCUGUUUGUAUUAUACAAACUUUGUGUCAUCCAAUGUGUGGGUAGUGAUGAUGGAACUGAUUCUCUCUUAGCUUACUGUCCUAAGCUCUUGAAUCUGUCAUUGGAGGCCCUCUUGAAGACGCACAACGAUACGGUCCGCUUCAAUUGCCUAGCGCUUUUGAUAGUUCUUGCUCGAAAAGGGUGUUUCGAGAGCGCAUAUACAAAUGGCAUUAGCAGCAUCAGUUCCAACGAUGCUGAUAGCUUCAUGCAGACAACAGAAGACGAAGCUGAUGAAACUCCUCUGAAUGUCUUGUUUGCUGAGGCUAUUAAAGGACCUUUGCUUUCAUCAGAUAGGCAAAUUCAAACCAACACUCUAGAUCUCAUUUUUCACUAUUUGUCAUGCGAAAGUUGUGUUUCGGCCAAACAGAUUCAACUUUUGGUGGACGAAAACAUUGCGGACUACGUAUUUGAAAUACUGAGGCUGUCAGAAUGUAAAGAUCCAGUUGUCAACUCUUGCCUUAUGGUUCUUAAUCUUUUGUCAAUUGCUGAGAAAGGCUUCACAGAAAGGCUUGUUGUUGGAUUCUCAACUUUGAUUCCAGUACUGCGUUAUGUUGCUGAAGUUCCUUUUCAUCCUGUUCAACAUCAGACACUGACACUCGUGUGGAAAGGCAUUUCUGAUUGCCCUGGAAUAGGAUCGGUUUCCCAAAUUGAGGAGCUAGUUCUUGCUUUGACAAGGAUGUUUAAGGGGCAUAAUGAUGGGGAUAUGGGUAUGCCUGCGGAGACAUUCAUAAUGGCGUGCUCAAUUUUUGUACCUCUUCUGAAGUCUCCAUCUUUCAAUGGGACUUCUAAUCUGGUAACAUCACUUCAAGAAACAAUAACUCAUGCUAUUGUGGCUUGUCUAAGUAUCUCUGAGAAAGAUCGCAAUCAAUUUUUGCAUGCUUUAUACCUUCUUAAAGAGGCAUAUGGCUAUAGCCCUGAAGAGGUAUCCAUAAAUGACUCCAGUAUCAUGGAACUGCGAAGCUGUGUUGUAGAUAUAUGCACGUCACACUUAUUACCUUGGAUUGUGACGGCUAUUAAUGAAGUGGAUGAGGACAUCGUCCUUGGUAUAUUGGAAACUUUUCACUUCAUACUGCUCCAGAAUUUUGAUAUGCAAACCCCACAAUUUGCAAAAAUACUGGUUUCAUCCUCUUGGUUCAGUUUUUCAUUUGAAUGUCUAGGACUAUUUCCGACAGAAGAGAUGAAAUGGAGGGUAUAUCAAAUGCUCAGUUCACUUGUAGAGAUUCUUCUGGGAAAUGAUGUUGGGCAACCGAUUAGAGAGACCGCUUCAAAUCUUCCUACAGAUCCUAUUGAUUUGCUUUUUCUUCUUGGGCAGAAGAGCUCCAAAAAUACAUUGCUGACUUCAUGUCAAUGUGCAGUUUUGUUGAUUUUGUAUACGAGCUCUUUAUAUGAUGAUAGGCUUGCAGAUGAGAAGUCCAUGUUAGCUUCUCUGGAACAGUACAUUCUUGUUAACAGCGGUGAUUUCUUAUGUGGGGUCAUUGAUACGUGGACAAUGAUGCCAUUGGUAAAUCUUUAUGGCCUAUAUCGUGGUGUUGCCAAGAUGAACUACCAAAUUCCCUACAGUCCUGAAGCAGAGAGGAUCUUUUUUCAUCUCCUGAAAGAAACUGAAUGGGAUUUGCCUUCUUCAAAAAUUCACCUGGGGUCACUGAAAUGGUUGUUUCAACAAGAGAAGAUCAGCAAGCCAUUAUCCUACCAAAUCCUUAAAUUCUGCCGAGGCAAUAGCUCAAACGGAACCCAGAUCAUUGUCAAUAGGGAAAAUAGUCAAAUUAUGAACUUGCAAUUGAUCGCAGAGAUGGCAUCAUCAACAGAUAAUUAUGUGGCGAGACUUUUAGUAUGUUUAUUGAUACAGCUUGUAGAGGAGGAAAGCCAUGAGCAUGACAUUCUGUUAGUAGUAAAUCUCAUAGCAAUGGUCACUAACAUCUCGCCAUCAGCAUCCGACCAACUAUGUUUGCAUGGCAUAGCCAAAGCAAUUAGAACUCUUUAUCACAAUUCAAGUCAUUGUUCUUCCUCACAGUUAUCCAUGGCCAUGACAUAUUUAAUGUUUAAUAUUCUGCGAUCAGUGCAUCCUGAAGCACUGUGCGAUGAUGAAGCUUGGCUUGCAGUGACUGUGAAGCCACUUUCCAUGAUCAGCAUCCACUGGGAUGACUUGUGCAGGCUGUUGCAUUUUGGGUCUCCUCCAAUCAAGUUUGUAGCUUCAUAUUGCCUGUUAGAGGUCGUCACAAGAUUAUCAGAACAAAGAAACACAAAACAUGAGGAAUUAAAAAUCUCCAUGGGUUAUUUAAUGUCCAUUAUGGUGAUAUUAAAAGGACAAGUAUUUAACAGUGACAUCAGAGUGUCUACAAACUGCAGCCUCUGCCUAUCAAUGAUUUUAGGAUGGGAUCAGAUGGACAUGAAAGAGGCAAGAGUUAUUCCAAAGGAUACUUGGUUGAGGCUGAUAGUAGAAGAGCUGGCAAUAUCUUUGGCAGCUCCAUCGUUAGCUUCAAAAUCUUUCAUUAAUCAUCACAAGCCUGCUGUACAUAUAGCUGUUGCAUUGCUAAAGCUUCAAAAAUCUCCUGAGUGGAUGAGCACCGUGUUUGAUGAUCCUUGCAUUUCUGGAAUCAUUAAAAACCUUGAAGCCAGCAAUAUUAGCGCUGAGAUGGUGCAUUUAUUUCGAGAGCUACUAAACUCCAAGUUCUUAAAGGAUGAGCAAAUUGCUGCUUUAAAUCGGAUACUUCAGGAAUGCAGGAAACAUGUGUACUCAGAAGAUUCUCAAAAUGACUGCACAGAUGAGCAGAUACAGAAGAGGAGUAUCAUCAAAGAUGAUCUGGGAGAAGUUUGUGAGUAUCUCAUUCGUGUGAUGUCAUCUGCAACGUCUCUAGAUGUGGAUUGUGGAGGUCUACAAAGUUCACAGAGAUUGUUAGAAGAAAUUGAAAUGUUUUUCAAAACUUCGAUAGUGGAGGAUGAUACGUAA